CUCUAAUGGAGUCCACAUCAGAAGUUUAUGAGCAGAGAAGAUCGAAUCGGGAGAAAGAUGUGUUCUGAUACGCUGCUAUGAUAAUAUCAUAUCAUUUGGUUAUUGGCUGCCUUCUUUUCAUGUGCUAUGGAUCAGAUGUCAAUGAGAAACAUAUUGGAAUUCAUGCUAAAUUUUUGGUGCUCUUCACUGCUUGAAUCAGAGUUGCUGUAUUUAUACCAUAUCUUAUGAUGAUGAUAUGAUUAAUGAAGAAAAGAUAUAUAUCGCCCUAUCUUUACCGACUUACUUACUAUUUCUUGCUUUUCCUUUAUUUUCCUUGGGCGGUGUAUUUGGUCAUUAGAUUUUUUGCAGAUGAUAAUCACACCAAAAAUGAAGCUGGAUUUUUGUAUGCAGCACUGCUUUUCCUAAUGAUUGAGGGAAUGAUACUUAUAUUCUUUGCUGUUCUAUUCACCCUUCUUGCUUUAAUGAUUUGAAUUCUUCUGUGUUACAUCCACAGAAGACAAACUGAAAUUGAAAAUCAACAGGCAGAGAGAAAUGAAAGAAUAGCUGAUUUUAUUAAUACAAUCGACAUAUUAAACGUUACUGGAGGCAGAUUUGAGGCCAAUGAUAUCUGCUGAAUAUGCUUAGAAAAUUAUUCUGAGGAAAACGGCCCAGUUAUCCAGAUUCCAUGUCCUGGCCCUCAUUAUUUUCAUAAACAAUGUGUUAUUCAAUGGAUAAGAGAAAAGAAUUGCUGUCCAAUUUGCAAAGCCGAAAUUACCAUUGAGGAUAUUAAUAAUGCUAUUGCCGAAAGACAACAGAAGCCACAAGGGUCACAAGACUAUGGUACAAUAGAAAGAGAGGGUCUUAGUGAAUCUGAAGAGGGAAAAGAGCGAUCUCUGCCUCCUCCAGAAGGUGGCAGAACCGCUUGGCGUGACACCUAA